AUGACUGGAAAGCGAGGAAUCGACCCUCGUUUUUGGACGGCUGGAGAAAGGAUCGACUGUCCCAUCUUUAUCCUUAAAUACAACUCUGCUACUGGAAUACAACAUUGUCGUGAAUUCAUAUCGUCACUUGUACCACAAAUCAGGCAAGAGUUCGGCUCGUAUCCGAUCAUGGUUGUGACCUUCGCUAACAGCAUCUUGAACCAGGAAGAGAUCGUUGGCGACAUCACCACAGCUGGUAUGGAGAAGAACAGUCUAUUCUUUAUUGAGAACUACACAGCUUCGAACCACGAGAUGGAUUCUAAGAAACACAUUGCUCUUCUCAAGAUCCUAGAAGCCUGUAUCAAGCGAGCCGAUGAUAACAUCACGUUCCAUUGUCGAAAAGAGAAGGAGCCACUACCUAAAAGGAAAUGUGAGAUAAUGUAAAGAUAUUGCACAUCAAGCCGGGGUGAAUGAAUUUUUACAUAAUUAGUACUUACCAGGGGCCGCAAAAGCGGGGGGCUGGGGGCUUCAGCCCGACCCCCCCCCCCCUCCCCAUUUUUUUCCAAAACCGUGUACAAAAACAUAAAAUAACCAUAGGAUUGUGUUUUUUGCAUGGUCAGCCCCCCCCCC